AUGAUGAAGGAGACGGAAAAGAUAUCGACAUCGCCGAAGGCUCAGCGCGCAGACUCUGGUGUACAGCAAGUCCAACGAGAGCGAAGUCGACGGCCUUCCGACGCGAAGCACACCACUUCGCACGGACAUGAAGCCAAGAGGCCCGUCAAUGAUGGGAAAGUAUCAACGACAUCGACGAAGGCUCAGCGACCCCCAUUGACGGCCACGCCGAGCCAGAUGGAUACUCAAUAUGUCAAUAUGCUGUUAGCUCUGGACGGAAUACCCAAGAUCCAUAAUAUGAUGGCGUCCUUCUUCACUUGGAUAUUGCUGGCGGGAUUUGUUCUCUUUCCAGGAACAUUCAGCAGCUUGCAAGGUUUCCAGACGAAUUUGGGGCAGACAGAAUUACAAGUGCUGAAUGCAGUUCAGCAAGUACCUCUGUUCAUCGUGGCUUGGAUAUGCAGUGGCAUCGGAGCGCUGGGUAUGUGCUACAUGUGGUGGAGGUGGAUGCGCAAUUAUGUCUGGCUUGUCAAUCACAUAUUUUUACCGGGGUGCCUCAACGCACUAGCGGGGAUCAUCUCUACGCUCGCGAGUGUGUUCGGUGCUCAAGAUGGCAGGUUUACAACCACCAGUACGAUCACCAUAGCUGUCACCAUCGUUACCGCAGUAAUCUGUGGCAUAUUGAGUGGGGUGUAUACGUUCCUCAUAGGCCGGGUGAAGCGCCAACAUGAUCAGAUGGUUGGGCAGCAGAGGGCGGGGAAACAUGGCGAAGGGAUGGUGGAAAAGAUCAAGCGGAAGGCAUACGAAACAGAGCCCGAGUCGGGAGUGGUCUGA